UUAAAGAACCUGACAACAUUAUAUACAAUGUGGACACAUGACAUAAAAAAAACUACACUUUAUGUCACUUUAUUACAUAUGAAGUCAUGGAUGUAACCUUAUAAUUAAGGUCCCAGAAGAAAUUUAACAUUUAUACACAUUCCAUUAAGUCUGAUACAGAUUUUCCCUAAGUAAGUGGUUUCAACUUAGGCACUAAACAGGCGUCAUUAUGGAGUAAAGGGGGUGGCAUCAAAAGGCGUCAUUAUGGAGGAGAUCAGACAGAAAUAAACAACAAUGGGGUUGUCUAUGUCAGGACCAAGUGGUUGUACCAUUAAAAAUGGAAAUGGUGUGUCAAAAUGUGUACCGUUUACCAAAUAUAAACCAUUUUCAGCUAGUAAGAAAAAAGGUGCAGGUGAACUAAUUGUAGCUUUUAAAGCACUACCAACUGCAACUGCUACAGGUAGUGACAAUUACUGGUGGAUAAAUUGUCAGUUUGUACCUAACGAUGACACCACACUGAUGGUUACUAGUAGUGUGUAUAUUCUACGGGGUGGUAUGUCUAAUGUCCAGGUUAGAAACAUUCCAGCAGGAAAAGUAUGCAAAUUUUCACUGGAACCUAAUGGAAUAAGAUGUGAACUUAUUAGAACAACAGGUAGUGGAACAUGGCCUAAGUUACAGGUACAUCCAGACUCAUUUUAUAUCGGUUAUUUAGAUAUCCAUCAAGUGAAGUUCUUUCAUUCUAUCACAGACUCAGGUAUCUCUAGUAAGGCGUUAGAUCCUCACUUCAGACAGUAUCGGUCCUUUGCUCUGUCCCCAAAUGGAAGACAAAUGUGUAUAUUGGCCCGUAAUGGAAAGAUAGACUAUGACCUUGUUAUAUAUGGUGUAAAUGUGUAUUCACAUCCUGAUUGCACAAUACAGUGUAGUAAGAUCAAUAAAGAUUUCUGUGGAAUACCUACAAGAACAGACAUUGUGGAUUGUAAAUGGUCACAUGAUAGUCGUAAAGUUGCUGUUAGUAUAUCAACAGGUUGUGUGAUGGUAAUAGAUAUCACAUCAAAGGAUAUUGUGUGCAAUAUAUUCCAAGAUAUUUUGGAUGACUGUGAUUUAAGCAAUGUCUCAGCUUUUGAUUUUGAUCCCCGAUCUUGUUGCCAGAUAAUGGCAGUUGGCACUUCAGAUGGAUACCUGUGUAUAGUCAACAUCGAGGACAAAGACAUUAUAUGCAAAUCCGAUUGUUAUAAACAGGACAGCAUUGACAUUGUUAUGUACACACCUGAGGGUAACAUUCUGGUUAUUGCCUUACACAGCUUCUCAUUACAUCUAUACAACUCUUAUACAUGUGACUUGGUGUAUACAAUUAACAUGAUAGAUUCAUGUCCAGAACUGGAUUCUAUUCUGUCAUCUGGGAAUUACCCAUUUAUUACCUCAAUGGACAUCACAAGAUCUGGAGAACAAGUAGCUACAUGUUGUUCUGAUGGGAAUAUCAGAGUUUGGCAACUGCCACCUAAGUUGAAUCUUAAAUUUAUAUGUAAAUUAAGAAUUCUGAGUUUAGUUUUUCAGGGUGACAUUAAGAAUCUUCCACUACCUCAUUCUCUUAAGGAUUAUUUAUUACCAUUUCCUACGUCUUCUUAAAAGUGAUAGUCAUUUAGAUAAAUUUACAAUGAUGUUAUAACUUCAGAUUUUUGGUUCAGGGUAAUAAGUAGAAAUCAUGUCCAGUGAUUUUUUUGUUUUUUGUUGUUUUGAUCAAUUGUGCAAUCACCUUCAUGAUGACAAGUUCAUACAGAAUAGCAAUAAAAGCAUAGUUUUAGUCAUGUUAGUAGGUUGACAUUAGCAGGUAUAUGCAAUUUAUUAUUUACUCUAGCAUAUAUAUCUCUUCAAUGUCAUUGGAUAACAAUGGGUUUUGAUCAUCAUCAAUAUGAUAAAACUGUUCAAGUCUAUGUCUAUGUUAUCUGUCAUAACCUUGUAGUAAGUUGUGAAUUUAAUCCAAGAGUUAUGUUUUCAUGAUGACAAUUUUUUUUAAUGCAGGACAAUUGAAUUUUUAUUUAUUUUUUCUUUCUUGAUUUAGCUGAUAUUUCCUAUGUUUGUGACUUUGUACACAUUCGUUAUUGUAAUAUAUUGUUAAAUGCAUUACAAAUACCUGUUAAUCUUUUUUAAAUGUAUUUGAAGGUUUUACAUAAAUUCAUGUAUAUUAUGUUUGAGAUAUAUUUAUAACAACAUCUACUGAAGUUUUGGAAAUAUAUUGAUUGUUGUGUACUGCCAGGAUGUCUGUAUGUUCCCUUGUUCCUUCAUCUGAAUGCACUUUGUAUUUGGAAUUUCACCUAAAUCAGCAGUUCAAUUCUACAGGCAACUUCAGUGAAGCUACGUUUGUACAGAAAAGAUGGGGAUUUUAAUGAAAAAUUUCCAGAAUCUUUAUGAUUUUCUAAGAGAAUUGAUACCAUCAACACUCAUGGCGGUCAAGGUUUCUAAAAUUGAUAACUUGAUUAACAAUUGCUCAGUCUAAUUAAAACCAGCCCCUCUAUCAACUUGUGCUAGUGAAUAGUGGGGGUAGGUUUUAAUCAGACUGAACAAUUGCUAUUUUAUUGGACUUCAUUUGUCAUAAUGUAAGGAAUUAUUAGUGUGACUACAAGUCCUGCUUUCUUUAAAAGUCCCUAAUCCUUAUAAAUUUUACAAUUUUAUAACCAAAAGAAGCUACCUCUCUUCUGAAUUUUUACAAUUUUCAGAUGCAGUUCCACAGUUUUUGCUUUUGUUAUUUUGAAGGAAUUAAGGAAAACAGACUACUAGUAACUGGUAUAUCAUGCUCUUACAUUUUCUACUGUGAUGCACAUCUGGGACCAAUAGGCUGAUGUUUUAGUCCCAGUCCAAAUGCCUUUAACAUGUAUACUGUGAUAAAUGUUUCUAUGGUUAUUUUGAUUUUUACAAAGAGUUUCACAUAUAUAUGGUUAUUAUGAUUACAUAUAUAUCAUGUAUUAUAUGGUUGUUUUGAUUUUUACAAAGAGUUUCACAUAUGAGAUGUAUUGUGUUCUGAUUAUGCAUACCGUGCAAUCUUUUUAGCAAUAAAAAAAAAGUUUGUUUCUAUUAAAACAUAUAAUUCUUUGACAUAGUUUACUACAUGUACAUUUCUGGGUGGUGACUGGGAUACAGAAAUAUGGUUACAUUGGUCUUUUUCUAACCAUGGAAAAACCUUUGGUAUUGACACUUCUUUUAGACAGCUCAAUGUCUCUACAUUACAUGACAUAAAUACAGACACCUCUAAUGGUAAAAUAAAAUUAAACAUUCCAUUUUCACUAUAUUUAAAAAAAAUAUUGU